UCGUACUCCCAGUCAGAAGGGUUAGGCUCGCAUUCCUGCCAGUGUCUGCGGCGAGCGCCGGGCGCAGGAUGCGGGGGACAAUACGGGCAUAAGGUUUGGGGUGCAGGGAAGGAACCCCGACGUUUUGAUGACUGAAGUGAGCCCUGCACCCCACCCAGGGAUGGCUCUCCUCAUGGAUGAGGACGAGUAUGACAAGCUGGUCAUGCAGUCCGGCUCAGACUGGCUCCGCUCUGAGAUUAGGAGGCUGUUCAGGGAGCUGGGGGAGACCACCCGGGAGAAGAUCCAGGCGGCCGAGUACGGGCUGGUGGUGCUGGACGAGAAGCAGCAGCUGAAGCAGCAGUAUGACGAGCUGGAGCUGGAGUCCGAGACGGUGCGGCAGGAGCUGGAGCAGCUGAAGGAGGCAUUUGGACAAGCACACAGUAACCAUAAAAAAGUGGCGGCGGAUGGAGAAAGCAGAGAGGAAACACUCAUACAAGAAUCGGCAACCAAGGAAGAAUACUACAUGAAAAAGGUCUUAGAACUGCAAACCGAGCUGAAACAAUCCAAGAACGUUGUCGCCAACACACUAUCUGAAAACGAGCGUCUGAAUUCCUUGGCACAGGAGCUGAGAGAGCUGAAUCAGAAUGUGGAGGCCCAAAGAGCUCGUCUGCGCGAUGACAUCAAGGAGUACAAAUUCCGAGAAGCGAGAUUACUCCAAGACUACACCGAGCUGGAGGAGGAGAACAUCUCUUUGCAGAAGCAGGUUUCAGUACUUAAGCAAAAUCAGGUGGAAUUUGAGGGUCUUAAACAUGAAAUCAAAAGACUGGAGGAAGAGACAGAGUUUCUGAAUAGCCAGCUUGAAGAUGCCAUCCGAUUGAAAGAGAUUUCAGAGAGGCAAUUGGAGGAAGCACUGGAGACCCUAAAGACUGAACGUGAACAGAAGAACAACCUACGCAAGGAGCUGUCCCAUUACAUGAACAUCAAUGACUCAAUGUACAGCAACCACCUAAACUUAUCCCUUGAUGGAUUGAAGUUCAGUGAUGAAAUCACAGAGCCCAACAACGACGAUGUUAUGAAUGGUUUUGAGCAUAAUGGAGUCAUCAAGAUGAAUGCUGAUAACAAAGCGUCCACCCCCAAGAAGAAUGAUCCAGCACCAAGUCUGGUCUCAGACCUACUAAGUGAGCUCAACAUCUCUGAAAUACAGAAACUGAAGCAACAACUGAUGCAGGUGGAAAGAGAAAAGGUUGGUUUGCUGUCUACUCUUCAGGAGUCACAGAAACAGCUGGAGAACACCAAAGGUGCUCUCUCUGAGCAGAAUGACAAGGUCAGCCGGCUCACUGAAAACCUAAAUGCCAUGAAAAAACUUCAUGCCUCCAAGGAACGCCAGUCCUCUCUAGACCAUGAGAAAGAGCGGGAUAGUCACGAGGACGGAGAUUAUUAUGAGGUUGAUAUUAACGGUCCAGAGAUCUUAGAAUGCAAGUACAAAGUAGCUUCGGCGGAAAUACACGACCUCAAAGAUGAACUGAAGAGCGUGAAGACCAAGUAUGAGGAAUGUGAGACAAAAUAUGAAGAGGAGAAGACCAAGUUUGAGAGUGAAACACAGGCCAUGGCAGAAAAGAUCUCCUUGCUGGAGAAGACCACACGGCAAGACAGAGACCAAGUUGUGAGACUUGAGAAAGAGUUGAAGAAAGUGAGUCAUGUGGCUGGAGAAACACAAGGUAGUCUCACUGUGGCUCAGGAUGAGCUGGUUACGUUUAGUGAAGAGCUGGCCAAUUUAUACCACCAUGUGUGUAUGUGCAACAACGCGACUCCCAACAGGGUGAUGCUGGAUUAUUACAAGGAGGGCAAAGGCGGAAGAAACAGUCCUGAAGCUAAAGGUCGUAGGUCACCAAUACUGCUUUCUAAGGGUCUGUUAAACAACGAAAAUGGCCAUAGUGACUCUGGAUCCCCAGUUUCUCCAAUCCCGUCGCCUGUUUCUGAUCCUAGAAAAGAGCCCAUGAACAUUUAUAACCUCAUAGCUAUUAUCCGUGAUCAGAUCAAGCAUUUACAGGCUGCAGUGGACAGGACCACAGAGCUAUCCCGGCAGCAGGUAGCCAGCCAAGAGCUUGGACCAGCAGUUGAUAAAGACAAAGAAGCACUCAUGGAAGACAUCUUGAAGCUGAAGUCUCUUCUGAGCACGAAGAGGGAACAGAUUGCUACACUGAGAACUGUGCUCAAAGCCAACAAACAAACUGCAGAGGUAGCUCUUGCCAACUUGAAGAGCAAGUAUGAGAAUGAAAAAGCCAUGGUGACGGAGACCAUGAUGAAACUGCGCAACGAGCUGAAGGCGCUCAAGGAAGACGCUGCUACGUUCUCCUCCCUCAGAGCCAUGUUUGCCACAAGAUGUGACGAAUAUGUCACACAGCUUGAAGAAAUGCAGAGGCAGCUGGCGGCUGCAGAAGAUGAGAAGAAGACGCUGAACUCUCUGCUCCGCAUGGCCAUCCAGCAGAAGCUAGCACUGACGCAACGUCUGGAGCACCUGGAACUGGACCACGAGCAGGCCAAGCGCGUGCGCACAAAGUCAACGUCCAAAAACAAAACUAGUAACCCCAGUAUCAUCAGCACUCUGCUUCCCGCCAUGUCUCGGCACUCCGCCACCAAGUAGCCCCCGGGUUACCGGAAGUUGUAGAAUAGCUCGAGGAGAAGAACUUGCGAUCCAGUGCACUGAGAUUAACCUAACUCCAGUCCAAGUAGCUCUUGACUAUUAGAGCCAAUGGCUCAAAAUUACAUAUAUAUAAGACGGGAAACUACUGCGCCCUCCUUUAAAUCUGAUAUGAUCUUUUACAGUAAGCCUUCCUUCCCAUUCGUUUUCAUGUUUAAUAUCUCUAAAUAUAUUCUCAGAUUCAAAAAAAAUUAAAAAAAAUAAAAAGCUUUACUAUAUAAUAUGCUGCUGGGGAAGAAAACUUACAAGUGCUGAACAAAACGCUACGAUCAGUUAUCCUAUGUUAAGCAUCAGUAAAGUUGGGUAAAGGGUUUUGUUUUUGUUUUUUUUAUUAUUUUACAUCCGAUUGUUUUAAACCUGUGCACUUUUGAUAUUUUAAUAUUUUCUUUUUGUUUUAUGAUAUUUUAUGUAGAAAUGUUCUGAACAUGUAGUGGCGGCAUAAUAUAGCCUCAACAUGGCGGUUUUCCUGGGUAGUAUUAACGCUUGUGCUUGUUGAUUUACGUAUCAGCAUGUUGCAGGGAAUAUACCAAUUUUUUUAUUUUAUUUUACGGUUUAAUACACUUGUUGGCGUUAAAUAUAUAUAUAAAUAUAUGUGUUCUGUCUUACUAUGGCUUUUUCACUACAGUUUUUUUGUGUUAUGAUUGCUGGUUUUAACUGCCAUGUUCAUGAAAAAAAAAAAAUCCAGGGUCUGAAAAUUCUGGGGUUUUCAUACUAUAUUAUUAUUCUUAGGAAUAGCUUAAUGUAACAAGGAAAAAACUUGACUCUCUUUGGUUAAAACAGUAAUAGGCACUUGAAAAAAAAAUUGCAUUUAAUAAGUAGUAUUACCUAAAAGUGUCAGAAUCUUCUGAUUUUUAGGAAAUCAAGAAUUGCUGAUGAACAGAAUUUUAUACAACUGUUACCAAUUAAAUUCCAAAUUGGAAUUGUUUCUUUUUUUCUUUUCUUUUUUUUCUUUCUUUAUUAUCGUGCCAAAUUCUGGUACAUCUAGGAACUUCAAUUCUAAACUUGUCAAAUACCGAGUGUUUCUAAGCCUUUGUUAUGGAUACCAGUAGUGCCUUUUAUGAGACGUCUUAGAUCAGCUUUGAUGGGUAAAAAAAAAUAAUAAAAAAAAAUUGUGAGACAUUACGAAAAAAGUGCGGAGCAAUAAAUGCAAAGGACAACAAAAAAAAUCAUCUUGCUUAUUUUUAAGGGAUGAAAGUCUAGAUUUACGGAAAACAAAACAAAAGAAUUGUAGAAAAUUCCGUUGGUCAGUGAUUCUUCUUCAGCGCAGAUCCUUGCUAAUUCAGGGAUUGAGACAAAUAAUUAAUGUCUGCAAACCAAAACUAAUAGCUUUGGAAAGAAAAAAAAAAAAAGUGUAUUUUUUUUUCUUAAACUUUUUAAUAUAGCAAGAUGUAUUACUGACACAUUUGUGGUGGCGGUCCGCCAAUCUCUGGGGGGGGUCACAAGGACUUAUCUGUUACCUGUGUAUGGUGGUGGACAUGGGCUUCUCAUCCUAUCACUAGCAAAUGUGGGGGAAAACAACGCAUUAAUAUCUGCUCUUGCAUGUCGUAUUUAACUGCUGUCGUUUUCAGGAAACAGAAUCUGCAAGCGGCAUCAACAAGCUCCGCUCGGCGGCUGCUCGUUGAGGCCCGGGGAAAUUUGUUUGUAAUUUGGUACUCACAAACGAAGGUCAUUUUUGCAAAAUGAUGGAAAAUAAAUAAAUAAAUAAAUAAAAAGAAAACUUUUUGGAAAUUUUAUUGACGUUGUUAAAGAGGUGGAAAAGGUUUCUGUUUGCUGGAAAAACAGUUUGGACUCUAGAUGUUGGGUUUUUGUACGCUCAUCUUUUACAGUAUUGAUCUUUAAGAUAUUGUUAGCGCAAAUGAUUUCAUCUGUUAUGUGGGUAUUUAUUUGAAAUGAUUUCAUAAAGUACUGUAUUAUGUUUAUGUGAAUUAUUUUUAGUGGCAAAGCGUUCUUCAGUUACAUGUCAUAUGCACGUACUCUUGCCAAGUAACCUUUACACAGAUCGGAACGUGGAAGCGGUCGCCGUCGCGUAGAUUGGCGCUUCUUAUAUAAAAGGUCUGCCUAGUGAAUGAAAAGUGUUAACGACAUUAAUACAAGGUUGUGUGUAGAGAGUUGC